AUGAAUAAAGUUGGUAUUAGUAUUAGUGAAAAUGAUGCUGAGGAAGCUCUUCUAUAUUUAAAUCGUAUUAGAAUAGAAUUAGGAAAUGAAAAUCAUGAUAUAUUUAUAAAUUUUUUUCAAAAUAUCUGUGAAAAAAUAGAUAAAGCAAAAACAAAAGAAAUCGAUCAAUUAAAUAAAUUAUUAGAAGCUAUUUAUCAUAGAGUAAUUUCUUUGGAACAAGGAUGUACUAUUGUUUUGAAGUAUUCUCAGGAACAUUGGUUAAAAGAUAAAUUAAAAGAACUAAAAUUUCCUAAAGAUUUAAUUGAUUAUCAAUCUGAUCGUUCAAUAGAAGAUAUUAUUCAUCUAAUGAUAAAUGAACAAAAAAGUAAAACAAAUACUAUUUCAAAAGAUAUUCUUAGAGAAAUUGCUGAACAAGCAAAACGAUUUAAAGAUUUAGCUAAAAGAAAAAAAGUAUCCGAAGGAGAUGAAAAUUUGGAAAUUAAUCGAGAAAUUCAAGACAUACUUAAUCUUGAGUCUUAUCAAGAAAAUCCAUCUGAGUUUGUACGUUCUCAUUUAGAUGAUAUUAUUCCGUUGAUUAUUUAUGCUUGUAAAGAUAAAGGACUUCUCGAACAAAUUCGAACAGGCGAAGGUAAAACUCUUAUUGUUGGAUUGACAGCUGCAUUUUUUGCUUUAUGUGGAAAUGCUGUUCAUGUUGUUUCUAGUAAUCGUGAUUUAGCUAUAGAAGGUGAACAAAAAUGUCGUUCAUUUUUUCAAUUAUUGAAAAUUGAGAAUGGUCAUAUCUGUCAUGAAUCUGAUGAUGCUAAUCAUCAAUCGUAUAGACUAAGUUUAGAUACACCACAAGGUAAUAUUGUUUAUGGUGAUGUCGGAGGAUUUCAAAGAGAUAUUUUAGAAUCUGAAUUUAAUAAUAAAAAUAUAUUCGAUGAACGAUAUGAAAAACGAAAGAAAUGUUUAAUUGUCGAUGAAGUUGAUAAUAUGUGUUUAGAUCGAGCUCGACAUGUUCUUUAUCUUUCUCAUGAAAUUCAAAGUUUAAAAUGGCUCGAAACAUUAUUUAUUAAUAUUUGGAUUGCAGUACUUCGAGUAGACAUUAAUAAUACUGAUGAUAUAUCUGAACAUAUAAAAGAUAUAUCAGAAUUUAUCAAGCGUACUGUAAAAAAUAAGAUGAUUUACGUACCAGAUUAUUUACAUGCGUAUGUCGAUUAUAAAAUAGAACGUUGGAUUCAUAGUGCUUUUCAAGCACGUAUUAUGAGAGAAGACGAUCAUUUUGUUUUAGAUAUACCUAAAACAGAUGGUCAAACUGUUCAAAAACAUCGAACUAUUAUUGUUGUUGAUAAAGAUACUGGUACAAAGCAAUAUUCUACACGAUGGAGUAAUGGUUUAGCUCAAUUUUUAGAAUUAAAAUAUCGACGUAAAUUAUCUGUUGAAAGUUUAAAAGCUGUUUUUAUUUCUAAUAAAGCAUUUUUUCAAAGAUAUACAGAUUGUCUGUAUGGAUUAACUGGUACAUUAGGAUCACAAAAUUCUCAAAGUUUUCUAUCUGAUUUGUAUAAUGUUCAGUUUGCUGAUUUGCCUACAUCGAGAAAGAAGUACUACUAUCAAAUACCUAGUAAAAUCGCAUUUGAGUAUAAUGAUUGGCUUGAUUUAAUAGCAAAAGAAACGAUCGAGCAAGCAAAAGAAAGACCUGUUUUAAUUAUAUGUGAGAAUGUCGAAGCAACAGAAAAUAUCUGGGCUGAACUUAUUCGAUAUGGUGUUGCUCCACAUACAAUAGCAAAAUAUAGAAGAGAUGGUGAUAAUAUAGAGGAAAGAUUUCGAAAAAAACCUGCCACUGUAGGUGAUAUCAUUAUUGCAACAAACAAAGGUGAACGUGGUACUGAUAUACAUGUAAAUUCAAGUAUGAAUGUUAAGGGAGGAAUGCAUGUUAUUCUAGGUUAUCUACCAAAAAAUGUUCGUAUAGAAGAACAAGCUUUUCGACGAACAGCUCGAAACGGAGCAGCAGGUACUGGACAAUUUAUUUUACAAGUUGAUAGAUCUACAUAUGAGAAAAUGUAUGAUAUAAGUCAAUAUCCUCGUGAUAUACAACAAAUGAAAUUAGUAGAUUUAUCUGAUAUAAUUAUUGAAAGAGAGAAAAUCAAUCGAGAUAAUAAAGAAGCAGCAAGAUUGUCAGAAUUGAAAAAGAAGAGUAUACUUCGUCUUGAAGUUGAAGAAGAACUUUUUGAUAAAUUUAAUGAAUUUAAAAGAAAUAUUACUGAUAAAGUUUUUAAAACAUUAUUUGAAAAUAAACCAGAUGAAUAUAAAGAAAAAUUUAUUGCAGUUUUUCAGAAUGUUUUGAAAGAUCGUUGGGCAUUUUGGUUAGAUAAGCUUACUCAUACUUUACAAAAUUCUAAAUUUAACCAUUUAUUAGAAAAUUUUAUUGAAAAACCCGAAGAAGCUAUCCAAGUCGGUCAAGUUUGUCUUUCUGCAGAAGAAUUUUCAAUGGCUAAGAUGUGUUUUAAGAAGGCUAUUACAUAUGGAGAUAGUUCAGGAUUUUCAUAUAUGGGAAUCGCAUUGUGUAUUAUUAAUUUAAACAAUGGAAAAAAUGUGAAAAAAGAAUCAAGACGAGAAUUUAAAAAAGCUAUACGUUGUUUAGAAUUAAUAAAACGAAAUUUAAUGGCAAAUCUUAAAAUUGCAGAGAUUCGUCCACAGUCAGCUAGUGCUGAAAUCUUUCAAAAAAAGAAGAAGCAAAGAAAAUUCUUAUGUUUUGAAAACGAUAAAAAUAUAAUAAAAUCCGGUGGUCUUGCUAAAUAUAAAUAUGGUGAUACGAGUGAAGAUAUUGAUAAAUUAUUAAAUAAAAUCUUACCAGAUGAAUUUAAAAAUGAUAAAGAUUUGAUUAAAUCGAAAAUAUUAUGUUUACAAGGAGAUAUUCGUUCAUGCAAAGAAGAUUUAAAAGCUACGUUAAAAGAUUUUAUUGAUCUUAAAGAUCAAGAAAAAAUACCAAAUGUAUUAAAAUUUUUCGAAGGAUUAGGUCUUACUAAUUUUUUAAUUAUCGAAGAUGAUAAAUCUUGGUCGGAUUGGAAUGCUUUUGCUGUUGCAAUGAUAGGACUUGCUCAAGUUAUUGGAGGUGUUGUUUUAAUAACAUUUGGUUGUGUCAAUAUUGGAGGUGCUCUUAUUGCUGAAGGUAUUGAUGAUAUGGUCUAUGCAACUAUGGCUGGAUUAUCUGGUAUAUUUAGUUGGAAAGAUUAG